UUUUCAGAUCUACUCAACUCUCUUCCUAGCUACUAUUUUAAUUUCUCUUUUCUUGCCUGAAGAGAUGGAAGGGACUUCAGCUAGUAACAUUAGUGUGACUAAACCGUUGUUGUAUUCGACGAAUUCUUUGCCUUCGCAAACAUUCUCGAAUAAUUCUCCUUCUGGCCUGAGCUCUGAUACCACGAGUGGUACUCCUGUUCCGCCGACAGCUGCCGUGAUGAGCCCUUGUGCUGCAUGUAAGAUUCUUCGUCGGAGAUGUGUGGAGAAAUGUGUGCUGGCACCUUAUUUUCCACCCACGGAUCCUCUCAAGUUCACUAUUGCUCAUAGAGUGUUCGGAGCUAGCAAUAUCAUUAAGUUACUUCAGGAACUCCCGGAGUCUCAAAGAGCAGAUGCCGUGAGCAGCAUGGUCUACGAAGCCAAUGCAAGAGUGAGAGACCCCGUGUACGGAUGUGCUGGUGCAAUCUGCCACCUCCAAAAGCAAGUCAGUGAUUUACAAGCAGAACUGGCCAAGGCUCAAGCUGAGAUUGUAAACAUGCAAUGCCAACAAGCCAACUUACUAACCCUAAUCUGCAUGGACAUGUCAGCACAACCUCAUAAUCAAGAUCAAGAGUCCAUGAUCACAGAUAAUAAUCAGCAGCCCUAUGAGAACCUCAACUUCUUCCCGGAUCUUGAUGUCAAUCUCAGCUCAGUCUUGGAACCCCUUUGGACAUAAUCAUCACGGAAUCAAUAUUAACUCAGAAAAUCUCAAGAUUUCGAGCAUUACCAGCUUAAUUAAUUACCAAAUUAAGUUAAUCUCAUUGUUAAAAGAAUAUUCAGUGGGAUUUCACAUAGAAUCUUAUUAUUUGAGUCAAAGAUAUAGUAAAUGUAAUAAAGCUAAUUACAUGUAUAGGCAAUGAUGUGUUGAAUUAAGUUGCAUAAAGAAGGGGAAAAGGAGAAUAAUCAUAACUUUGUACUGUUUUUGUACCAAUUCGUGCAGUGAAUAACAUUUGGCUUCACAUGAU